UAUUUAUAGAGGAUUCAGUAUGGACACACAAUUUGGGAAAUUAUUUUUAUUUUUAACGGAUUUGGCUUAUAAGAGCCGCUUGACGAUACCAGUACUGAUUACUUCAGCUUUUCUUGUGCUUGACAUACGUUUGCAAAUAGAAAUCAAUGUACAAACGGGGCAAAUUGCUGAAGUCGAGGAGAGCGAGGAAGAAGAUUUGGACGUACAAGAUGGCUACAGUUCUGAUGAAGAGGACAUUGCUAAUUUAAAUAGUCUCGAUGCAAAUACAACUUCGCAUUGAUGCUUUAAAUUAAUUAUAUUAGUUGGUUCGGAGUCACAGAGAAAAGGAUUUCGUAUUUCGUAAACGAAAUUUAUUAUUGUCAAUUCAAUUGAGUUACGUACAAGUUAAACACAGUAUAAUUAAUAUAAACAUAUAUUUGAAAUUGAAUAUAUAAAAUAUAGUAUAUAUUAAUAAUUACGUGUGAAUUUAAAUAUAUAAAAUAUUUAGCUCCCAU